AUGCAAGCCGCCGACGCCAGCACCGCGCUGUACGAGGCCACGUGCCGCCAUCUCGCGGAGACUACCCACUACGAGGACGUCGACCAAGGGCUGCUCUCGGCCGGUCCCAUCCCGAGCCUCCAAGUCGCCGCCUUUAACUCGCUUACGACGACAGCCAUGGUGUCACGUCAAUGCUGGAGCGCUACCCGUCGAGCGUCGUGCCUGCGCAGGUUGUGCUGCUGUACUACGAUGCACGGCUUCCGCACCCGUGGCGGGACGUCCUACCCAUCAUCAUGGGGCGAAGUGACCUUCAACGUCGAUGGCUUCUCGACCGCGUUGGCCACGAGCGUGACGAUUGUGAUGGCGCCUGUCACGGCCGGUCACGUCGUGGUCGCUGCUUUUGACCUCGUCGCCACGCGCCCGUUGGAUGAGGCGCCUCCGCUCUCACUCACGUUUGAGGCCACGGUCGGCGACAGCAUGAUCGGCUUUGCUGUCCACGCCGGGGUUGUUCUCGACUUGAUUGAUCUGGAACACCACCGUCAUCACGACGGGUGGUUCAUUGCAGCGCUCAUGGAAUCCUUUGAUGUUACAGCCGGGCGAUGCGGAUGA